AUGGAAGCUGUCAUUCGAGAAGCCCCGUUGGGUCAGAUCGUCCGGUAUCUCACGAAAAAUAAGUACUUCCAAUAUCCCGAAGAAAAGCCCGGUUUCGAGCUUCCCGAAACAUGGAUCAAAAUUAUGCAGGAGCGUGAUGCUCCCCGCAAACCUAAUGUUUCUGGGGCCGAAAAUGAAGAGGAAAAAUCCGAAGAGCCAAGCAGCAGUCAAGGAAGCGACGCUAUCAGUCAUACUUCGACAUUGAACGAAGAUACCGAAGCAAACAAUCAGGACCUCGAGAAAAUCAAGUCCAUCCCAAUCACCCCCAAGAAGACAAAAAAUGGAGCUAUACUUGUUGAUUGGUACUAUACGGAUGAUGCGGAGAAUCCUCAUAAUUGGUCUAAUCUGAAGCGCGCUCUCAUGGCAACGAUUAUCUGUCUCUAUACAUUUGUCGUCUAUACAACAUCAGCUAUUUACACUGCUUCGGAGCAAGGCAUCAUGGCAGAAUUUGGAGUUGGAGAGGUAGUCGUUACUCUGGGACUGUCACUUUACGUUCUUGGGUAUGGUACUGGGCCUUUGAUCUUUUCUCCUCUGAGUGAAAUCCCUAUUAUUGGACGAAACCCAGUAUACAUCAUCACCAUGUUCCUUUUCGUGAUCAUCUCCAUUCCAACGGCAUUCGUGAAAAACUUCCCUGGUCUUAUGGUCCUCCGAUUCCUUCAGGGAUUUUUCGGCUCGCCAUGCCUUGCAUCUGGUGGUGCCUCCAUUGGCGAUAUGUACAGUUUCAACGCUUUACCGUAUGCUAUGAUGGCAUGGGUUGCUGCUGCAUACUGUGGACCUGCUCUAGGCCCACUCCUCAGCGGCUUCGCUGUCCCCGUUGAAGGUUGGCGCUGGUCCCUCUUCGAAUCAAUCUGGGCCUCCGCCCCAGUCUUCAUCAUCAUGCUUCUCUUCCUCCCAGAGACCAGCACCCCAACCAUCCUGCUCCGUCGCGCCCAGCGUCUCCGCAAGAUCUACAACGAGAAGCGCUUCAUGUCUCAAUCCGAAAUCGACCAACAACACAUGAAAGUCUCAGACAUUGUCGUGGACGCUCUGAUCAAGCCAAUGGAAAUCACAAUCAAGGACCCAGCCGUGCUCUUCGUCCAGAUCUACACCGCAAUCAUCUACGGAAUCUACUAUUCCUUCUUCGAAGUGUUCCCUCUGGUCUACCCAGUCGACUACGGCAUGAAUCUCGGCCAAAUCGGUCUAGUCUUCCUCUGUAUCAUGGUAUCUUGCAUUAUUGGCAUCGGUGGAUACUGGGCCUACCUCUACUUCUGGAUGAACCCUCGCAUUGCGCGCCUCGGAUGGCCAGUCCAAGAAUCCCGUCUCCUCCCAGCUCUACCUAUAUCCUUCGGCCCCACAAUCGGUCUCUUCCUAUUUGCUUGGACAGCGCGUGAAUCGAUCCACUGGAUCGUACCAACAAUCGGCAUCACGAUCUACGGCGCUACAGUCUUCGUCAUUAUGCAGUGUAUUUUCGUCUACAUUCCAUUGUCUUACCCGAAGUACGCUGCUAGUCUGUUCGCUGCCAAUGAUUUCUUCCGAAGUGCGCUAGCCUGCGGAAGUGUACUUUUUGCACACCCGCUAUUCGGUAAUUUGGGCGUUGCAAAGGGCACUAGUCUUCUUGGUGGACUUAGUGUCAUUGGAAUCAUUGGUAUCUGGUUGCUUUACUUCUAUGGAGCUAAGCUUCGCUCUAUGAGUAAGUUUGCUGUCUCGGAAGAGGAGUACUAA